AUCUCAAGUCAUACAAGUAGCUCAUAAUUUCUACGUGCCAGUCAGAUGUUGCUAGCUUUGUGGCCCCAGGAGAAAUGAUAGCAGCAGAAGCCAAGAGCUGAGAGGACUGCAGUUUUGCCCAGUUGUGGUGUGAAUUUCAGAUAAAGUUGCUGACAUCAUGAAUGACAUAGGAAGUUUAUUUGGUGAUGUUCACAAGCCCAGUGCCAGAACCAUCUAUGAACAGAGGAAGAAGUAUUCCAACUUCAUUGUGGCAGAUGUCUCUCAGUAUGCUGUCAAUCACCUGGUGACCUUCACCAUUGGAGAAGAGGACGAUUUGACAUCUGUGGAGGAUGCUAUCAGGAAACUGUCCCUCAUGGAUAAGCAAGGGAAGAUCUGGGUUCAAGAGAUGCUGCUCCAGGUCAACGGGUCGGCUAUCAAGCUCCUUGACAUAAACUCAAAGGAGGAACUGGAGAAUUAUGCAUUGGCAACAGUGGCUUAUUGUGAGGCUGUCUGCCCUGAGUCCCGUUCCCAAUCCCUGCUUCUACUCAUGUGCCAGGAAACUACUCAGCUCAGACCGGAUAUCCAUUUCUUUCAGUGUGAUCAAAUUAGGGCGGAAUGGAUCCAGCAAGACAUCACCAGUGCCUUGCUGGAUUUCAACACAGGAGGAAAUACCCAACGGAUGGAAGCCCUGAGAGCUACCCAAAACAUGCUUGAUAAUCAGGAGGUCUUCUCUCAGCCUCCUAUGCAGGUUCCUUCUAGGACAAAGAUUGUUGCACCAGGGCCAAGAGAAGAUGCCAUCUUGGUAGGAGAACCUGAUCUGGCCAUCAUCCAAAUAGAGCAAAACGUGGAGCUGCUGAACCGGGUUUUUGAUGAUGUGGAAGCCUUUGUGAGAAAGCUGCAGAAAUCUGCAGAAGCUUUCCGUGUCCUGAAUCAAUGCAAGCGCUCCGCAAGAGGGCGCCUUCGAGAGCCAGGAGAGGGGCUCUUAACCAUUAGAGCAAAACCUCCAUCCCAAGAGGAGUUUGAAGACACUCUGUCCAAGAUCAAGUAUUCCUUUAGCCUUCUGGCAAGGCUGAAAUCCAACAUCACAUGCCCUACUUCAGAGGAGCUAAUAUGUAUUCUUUUCAAACCCUUGAAGAUGAUUGUGGAUGCUUCUGGGGGUGUGGAAUUUGCUUCUGAAUUGCACAGUCCCAUGAUAACUCUAGAAGCAGCGACUUUGAUGCAUAGCUGCUUAGGAGAGUGGGAAACAGAACUGUGGCAUUCUCUGGGUGAAAACUGGACUAAGCCCAGAGUGGAUUUCCCCAGGGGCUAUGCAGCUCCCUACAACCUAACUUUCUGCAGUGGCUGGGAGCCUCCUAUCCAGGAUGCUUUUGGGAAACCUUGGGAAGACCCAGUAGAGAUGCAACACCGCCAUGAAGAACGCCGCGCCCAGCAAUCGGCUCCCACAAUUGCAGCCAAUGGGUGCAAACAUUUAGAGAGGAAACCAGUGAUCUGCACCCACAACUUCACAGCCAGAAACAGCAAUGAACUGUCAGUGCUUCAAGGAGAUAUAUUAGAGGUUCUCGAUGAUAGUAAAAAGUGGUGGAAAGUCAAGAAUUGUUAUGGUCAAGUUGGUUAUGUCCCUUAUAAUAUUCUUGCUCCAGUGAUGAACGGAGAUCAUUCCAAUAUCAAGAAUGACAAGGAAAUUCUUGUAAUCCAUGAAAUCGACCCUAUAAUAACAAAGAUAACACCACCUCAGCCACCAGCAAAGACCAAACAUCUGCAAUCCAAUGGUGUAAAAUGGGCCAGCAUGGAGGAACUUGACAUAGACCACAGUAAGAAAGAUCACUUCACCAUGGUCAAUGAGGAGCUCGUCCUGAGACUGGCCAACGGGACAAGUGGUGGUAGUAAGACUCUUCACAUCCCACGCACUCUGGAUACUGAUGUCCCUUUAGACUACAAUUCAAAUUCUGAUCAAGUCCGGACCUGGUUGGAGGCCAAAGGAUUUGAUCCAUUGAUUGUCAAUGCCCUGGGAAUUCUGAACGGUGCUCAGCUCCUUUCUUUGCAGAAGGACGAGUUCAGAGCUAUCCACCCAGAAGAAGGACCUCGAGUCUACAGCCAGGUUACCAUCCAGAAAGCCCUCCUAAAGGACUCUGGGAAAAUGUCAGAGCUGGAGGCUGUGAUGGCAAGACAAAAAAGAAAAGCAGAAGGAUUGGACUAACAGAGCUCUUUUUUGUGUGGUGGUGUGACUUUGCUAAAGAAAUGUGGAAAUGCCAGAUCUUCUCUCUAUAAGAUCAGAAUCUACAUUGUGCAGGGAGAUCAGUGUGAAAGAAUUGGUUGUAAUUGUUACUGUGGGUGUUUUAUCUUCCUGAUCUGCUAUAAAGAAGAGAAACCUCUGGGUAUCCCCAGUUUCUCAAAUCUCUCCUUUUAAAAUAGACAUCAUGGAACAAUCUUCUAGCACUCUCCCCUAUUCCUUAAUCCUCAUUUUUUUUAAGAAAAUAAAUGAAAUAAUUAUGUCCUACAGGAUCUACACUAUCUCCAUUUUGGAGCAAUUUGUUUAUCUCCUAGUACAAUUAUCUCUCAAUCUCUCCAUAGGAAAAUAUAAAUAUGAUAUAGUGCAUGCUAUCAUCCAUUCAAUUUUUGUUUUUUCAUUGAACAUCAGCAUGGAAAUUGUUGAACAGAUUUCCCCCCCCCCCCAGUUGUAUGGUCUCAUGAACUAUGCAUGUAAAUUUACACAAAAGCAAUAAUUUUAUAUGCAGUUUAUUUGCACAGAACAUCAUAGGAAUUGUAGCACUGCUGGGAUCCAAUUUUUUUUUACUACCGGUUCUAUGG